AUGCCUGGCUCCAAGCUCCAUGCCACUUCACCGACAUACGUCCCGGCCUGGAGUUCUCUACCACCGGAACUGCGGCAUAUGAUACUUGAAGUUCUCGCACGACAAACUCCUGGUUGGGGCGCCUGCGCUUCUGUUUGUCGGGAGUGGCAGGCUACACUGGAGAAGGAAAGUUUUCGCCGGCUAAAACUACAAACAUCAUGCUUGGAUGAUAUGAAGGCGAUGGUCGGUAGAAGGCGAGCACAUCUUGUUCGACAUGCAUGGCUAAAUAUCGACCUGAGGCCGUACACAUGUCGAAGUUGUACGAAACUUGAAAGUGAUUCAUGGCACGAUAGCAACACUCGUGUGGUUCGAAGAGCAAUCGUGAAGCUUUUCUCCAUCUUGUCGAAGUGGCCGGUAACAGAGGGAGCCGAGCUGACGCUGGAGCUCUCCAUUCAGUCUCCGAGUGAUAAGGAGCAUCAUUUCAAGAACCUUCACUUUGGUGGCGGUGACGAGCAUGAGCAUCUCAUACCCAAACGGUCUGGUAAUCGACUUUUUUACGAUUCUAAGCAUGGCUGGAUAAAGGGACGUCAGGUCGAUACUCCAGACGAAAUGGCUUUAUUACGAAUUUUCGGGCCUCUUUAUUCUUUGAAAUUCAGAGAAAGCCUCCCUCGAGUCAAGGUCGCAACACGGUUCAUACUCCGCCGGCAGUGUCGAAGAAAUCUUGAGCCUACAGCCCUAGGGGCUCUAUUCGAUGCCCUUCCUCGGCUACAGUCAUUGAUUCUUGAGCCAUGGCAAGUUUGGGACACGUUCGAACAGAAGCGUAUAUGGGAUCCUCAAUACUUAAGCCUCAUUGAAUCGCAUUUGCCACAAACACUGAAGCAAAUAUCGGUGUUUGAAGAGACCAACGAAAUCCGAGUAACACCGCCCGCGGUCAGUACCGCUUUCGCCAAAAGGAGUCUUGGUCUUGAGAAGCUCUUCGUUGCAUUCCUGGCCGAAGCCUGGGACUUCUUUCGGUCAUGCCAGCAAGACUGGGUUUGGAGCCAUAUGAGAUCCUUGACCCUUACAUCGAGCAUGCUCACCCAAACAAGAAGUCUCGAGAUACAAACUCUCUUGGAGAAUGCUGCUAUGACAGCACUUUCAAUGCCACAUCUACAUACAAUGGUCAUUUGGAAUGGUCGCAAGGGGGAAGCUUCCAAGUUUUUCUACCGCGCGGAGACUAGUCAUACUUGCAUUGGGUGGCGUGGAACGUGGGAUUUGAAGCUGAAUCCAAGUGUUAUACGUGAUUGGCAGAGAGUUGCUGAUAAACAUACUCGGCAUGACCUUCAAGUCAUUCAAGAACCUCUGAUACUCAAAAGCAUCAGCUCUCACGCUGGUGCUAUCGGCCUCCUAGACUUGCCCUCGGAGGCUGUACAUCCAGUAUCUUUACUGCAGAUGCAAAGCGAAGCUGAAUCGAGUUGGUAUAAAGAGUAG